GCCUUCGGUCCCUGCGACUUCGCCGUUUUAUCUUUGCACAACUGUAUAAUCCCCUCCGGAGAGUACGUACAGUGUUCUUCAGUAGCGUUUAUAUUACAGAAUCUGAGGCGCGAACUCUGAAAGCAGUCAUAAAGUAUAAUUCUGAAUAAUAGCAUGCAGUUUGCGUAGUGUAGUUACUUCAUGGCACUAUUUAGGACUGAAAAGAGUUGCGCGCAGAGCUUUCGGUGCUGGAAGAGAAACAUGGAUGGCGGGGGGCAGCGAUGGCUUUGAGGAAUUAAGGACAAAUAUCUUCUGUUAUCGUCGUUGGUCUCCUGCACAAUUGGUUUUACGGAAUAACGUUACUGCAUUUGGUAGGGGAAGGUUAAAGUUCUCUCUGCGGCACUUCAGAUGUACAUGCUUUGGACGCGUGACGUGCCCUUGUCAGAGCUCUUUGGGCAGGACUCGGUAGCUGUGAUGGCCCCAGGGUCCCCAGCCACCGUGGCCCCCGCUGGGCCAAACAUCUCCUUGUUGCCCGAGGCCCCACUGCUCAUGCCUGAGCAACCCAUCUUCCUCAUGACCAGAACAGCGCAAGCUCUGUCUGGUUUCUUUGUGUGGACGGCACUGCUGUUCACCUGUCACCAGAUCUACAUGCACUUGCGCUACUACAGCUCUCCGAACGAGCAGAGACACAUAGUGCGCAUCCUCUUCAUCGUGCCCAUUUAUGCCUUUGACUCUUGGCUGAGCCUCCUCUUCUUUACCAACGACCAGUACUAUGUCUACUUCGACACUGUCAGGGAUUGCUAUGAGGCAUUUGUGAUCUACAACUUCCUGAGCCUUUGUUAUGAGUACCUGGGAGGCGAGAGCGCCAUCAUGGCGGAGAUCAGAGGGAAGCCUAUCGAGUCCAGCUGUGUGUAUGGGACUUGCUGCCUUUGGUCCAAAACGUACUCCAUUGGCUUCCUCAGAUUCUGCAAACAGGCCACGCUGCAGUUCUGUGUAGUAAAACCUCUGAUGGCUGCGGUCACCGUCAUCUUGCAGGCCUUUGGGAAAUAUCGGGAUGGAGACUUCAAUGUAGCCAGCGGUUACCUUUAUGUGACCAUCAUCUACAAUGUCUCUGUCAGCCUGUCCCUCUACGCCCUCUUCCUUUUCUACUUUGCUACGCGAGACCUACUCAGCCCCUACAGUCCCGUGCUCAAGUUUUUCAUGGUCAAAUCCGUCAUCUUCCUCUCCUUUUGGCAAGGUAUGCUCCUGGCCAUCCUGGAGAAGUGCGGCGCCAUCCCACAGAUCAGCUCGCCAGAGGUGUCGGUCGGCGAGGGCACCGUGGCGGCCGGUUAUCAGAACUUCAUCGUCUGCGUCGAGAUGUUCUUUGCAGCACUGGCCCUGCGCCACGCCUUUACCUACAAAGUCUACGCGGACAAGCGGCUAGACUCUCAGGGUCCUGCUCAAACAUACGGACGCUCAGCCCCUAUGAAGAGCAUCUCGAGCAGCCUUAAGGAGACUAUGAACCCUGGGGACAUGGUUCAGGAUGCCAUCCACAACUUCUCGCCAGCCUAUCAGCAGUACACCCAGCAAUCCACCCUGGAACAGGGCGGCCCUGCACCGCCUCUGUCCCGGAACCAUAGCUCGCUCAGUGCCAGAGACAACGAGAAAACCCUCCUGCUUAGCUCUGAUGACGAGUUUUAACUCAACCAUAGCCGCCUUUAGACAUCCAAAUAUGUACGGUGGAUUCUGUGCUGCAGUGGCAUAGUGGUUUGGUGUGGCUGGUUAUCUUAAGGCCAUAUCAUUACAGGAUAUGGCAACUAGUCUAAUGAUUCACAUGUUGAAAAUUGCUAGAAUAUUAGAUUUAUUGCUACUUGUUGUUGACCUAGUAAAACAAUGAGAGUUUAGAGAGCAGUUUGGUAUGCUCUGCCUUGCAAGUUGUUUAGUUUAGGGGAUAUAUAACCUAACUAUAUUUUAAAGUCAUGAAUAAUUUUUAGGCAAUAUUUAUAUCUUAAUAAAUGGCUAUGAGCAUUUGUCCGCUUUUAUACUUGAACUGUUAUGACUUUGGGUUCUUUCUGGUUGUGUUCACCCAUAAAGAGAAACCAAAAUCCCAGUAUAACUAAAUUUAUAAAUCUACUGCCACCACAUUUAAGUGAUAUUUAACAAACAAACCUUGCUUGCUAUGUUUAAGCUCAGUUUUGUGUCAGACCGACAGUGUUUACAGAUUCUGCAGUGUGAUGUACAGAUUCUGCCGUGUGCUCUGAUCUAACAGCAUGUGACAGCUGUCUUGAAUGUGGUCUCAUUCUGGCUGCUGUGCUAGGGACAGAGGAGGAUGUUAGGAGAGCAGCAGUUGAUGGUACAGUUACAAAUGAAGUGAAACCUGCUCUUCACUCCCAUAAGGGUGAGUGCUCAGACUGGAUUGUAGGGCAGACUGGAUUAACUGGGGCAUUACUCACGGCUAGAGAAUAGCACAGGCUUUCAUAAGUCUGUCGGACAGUAGAACGCUACGUUAAACCCACUAUCUGGGUUAGAUGUGUUAUAGAUAUGUGGUGUAGUGUAGGAUUUAUUUAAUGCUGCUUAGUCACAAAAAUAAUCUAAUGUAAAUCCCCAAUAUAUUUUAAUUACAUGGCAUAAAUUAUGAUAUAAAUGUUUUUGAUGGAAAAUGAACCAGUUAUGGUAGGCUUCUUCAUUAUUUCCACUUCUACAAUAUUUCACACAAGUUUUGCAGAGGGCGACGUUGAUAUUUUCCAUUCUUCUCGCUUGUGCUGUGUCACUCUCUCCUGUUGGCAGCACUAUACCAUUACAGCCCAGCUGGGGUCUAAUUCUGGGCCUUAUUGUUCCUUCAGAAUGCAGGAGUAAAAUAUUUAAUUCUUAUAUUUCUACAGAAGAGGCCAGUAAAAAUCUCUGUCUACAUCAGCCAAGCAUAAGCAUUUGUGGUACUUAACGUUUAUUUAGCUUUUGGUGUGUUUAAUACUUUCUGAAAAUAUCUAUUUAUACAUUAAAACAGGUCCCAGUGUUCCAAAGGUGCUGCCAUAUUUAACAUGAUGCUCUAUUCAGAGGGCAGUCAAUUCAGGUCAUUUGCAGUCUUUGUUGUUUGUUAUACACACUUUUGAAAGCUAAUCUCAAAAUUAUUUUUAAAUGUCACAGAGAGAACCCCAUAUAACAUUACUAGAAAAUAUUUAAAGGCACCAAGUAAUAGCAAUUGUAGGACUCAAACUCUUUAUUUUUACAUUUUUAAUGCUAUUGUAUAUUAUUCUUUAACAGAUCAUGCUUCUAUUUUUACUUAGGAUGUCCAACAAAGUUACAAAAUAAAAAUAAGGGUUUUGUCUGUAAAAAUAGAUAUUUGGUCACCUGUUUUUACUGCCUCAUUUUCUUUUAAUGAGCACACACAAAUGUAUGUACAAUAUAUACAUUUAUUUCAAUUAAUGGUAUAAAAUAGACAAUAUAUUUACUUUACCAUAGAAAAAUACAGGUAAUAAAUACAAACAAGACUUGUGUUUUGCUAUGUCACAAAACAUCCAGCAUGUUUAGAAACAAAGCACAAUGAGUGUGAUAUUACCCAAGUCAAGGGCCUGUUGAUAUUAACAGUGAAACAGAUAUGUUUAAUGGGAAUCAGCAAUAAAAAUGGUUCAUUCUACAAAUAUCAAUUCUUCUACAGCAUAUUACUUAUUUUUUUCUGGAGUUAGUAAGGCUAAUAGUUGGCAAUCUGUCAACCAUGGGUUGAUAUCACAUAUAGCCACAAGCCAUGUUCCUUCUGGCACUUCCAGGACACACCUUUCUCUCCUCUGUGGACCUUCUUACAAGUCUCCUGCCUUCCUGCCUUCUUCCUGUCUUUUGCCCCUCAUCUAUUCUCGCUCCUCUCAUAUGAUACUCCUUAAACUUCCUGCUGUACAUUGUCAUUAUAAAUACCAAUCAUUCUAUGCUUAAAUACAAAAAUACCAUUAAAAACAAACCACUGUACUAGUACAAACAGGACCUUCACAGAUACUGAAUCAUUUUCCAGUAAAAGGGCCUUAUCCCUAGGUAUAGCUUGGUGUCCCCCAGUCCUCGAUACAGAACCCCCCCCCCCUGCAUAUUUCACUGUUUUCCUAAAAUACCUGAUUCAACUCAUCAUCUUACUAACAAACCUGACAUAAGUUUAAAACAGGCAACGUUAAAGCAGACGCGUUGCAAUACCGUGUAGAACAGGGGCACUCCAGAACCAGAAUGGGGAAACACCAGCAUGGCUAAACUGCUCAAUAAAACAGUGAACCCUACAAAAAAUCAUCCAUUACAAUAAUCAGACACAAAUAUCCCCAAACUAGUCACACAUAAGCAAUAUUUGGAAGUAAAAUCACAGCACUCAUUAGCUUUAAGGUCUUCAUCUUAAAUACAGAUUAAAUAAAUCUUGAUGUUGCAGAUUAGGUAUUUAAAAUAACAAAUAUAUAGGAAUGUAUAAAGAAACUUGCAUUGACAUGGCAUUCUACUGGUCUGUUCCAUUAUUCUAAUUAAAGAGCAUUUUCCAGCAAAUUUUCCAACUUAUAAAAAGUUGGUAGUCAAAGAUAAGUCAAUCAGAUAAGUCAUUACUCCAGUAAAGAAGACCUGUACAGACUACAUACUAAUGUUAGACCAAAACCAUGUAGCUAAUCAGUAUGUCUUCAAUCUAAACCACAUGUAAACAGACCAACAAUAAUCAAAUCUUGCUUAUACUGGCUAAAUUCAGUAUAAAUGGUUAACCAUAAACCAGGAGAUCCACGUCAAAUAAUAUUUUGCUCCAAAAACCCAAUUAUACUUUUAACAGAGGCAUAACAAAUAUUAUGCACUGUACUAUCAUUAACUUGAGGCAUAGUGGGAUACAGACCAGCCUAUAGGAUGUUUACAAAUUAGUGGAAUUCACAAACACACUGUGAAUAAACUGCACCAGUGGCGUAAGAUGGUGGAAUAAUAUACACGGAAUAGUAAGAGAAGAGGGGAGAGGGAAACAAACAA